AUGUAUUUCCCGAUUGGAUGGAUAGACCGGAAUGUAGCGAAUCGGCGGUCACUGACUGAACAGUACUCACCGCUCAGACUAUCGCCUGAAAGUGCAACCAAUAUAUACUGGACAUCCAUAGCCAUCUACUCGGCCGGACUCGUCAUCAAUAUAUUCUAUCCGUACAAUAUUAUUGAUUCCGAGCCGGUAUUCCAUGGUAUGCCUAUGGGUGGCCAGUAUUUGCACGUGUCUGUGCUUUUGAGCCAUUCCGGACGCAGACCCGAGCGGUUGCUCUGCGGAGGUCCGUCUCUUAUGUUAUAA